AUGAGGGAAAUUCUCUCUAGUGAGCGAGAGAAAACUUUAUCGAGUGAAGAGAACGACAUUCUUCAGCGAUCUAAUAAGAAAUUCAAAAGGCAUAUUGAUGAUUCUCAGGGGAAUGUGGAAAUGGAAAUUCAACCUUCUCCUGUGGUUCCUGCUAGAAAAUCGUAUAGCCAGAUGGCUCAAUCGUAUGGCAAGGCGGUGAACCCUUUGUAUGAAGGAGGAGAAGAUGAAGAUGACUGUUUCUCUGAUGAGGAUAGAACGUCAGAUAAUGAAAAUGAUGAUGAAAGCUGCCCGAACAUUGUUUUAUCCAAGGAAGACAAGAGACGAAUUCGCAGUCCAUGGAAGAAUGCCAUUAUUAUCAAAUUAUUUGAUAAGAAAAUGGGGUAUGAAGCGCUAAUGCGCCGAUUAAAAUUUAAAUGGAGUCUUAAAGGAAAUAUUGCGCUUACGGAUGUGGGACAUGCUUUCUAUGUGGUUCGUUUUACUAGUUACGAAGAUUAUGAAUUCGUUAUGACUCAAGGGCCAUGGAUGAUUGGAGAUAGUUAUUUAACUAUUCGAAAAUGGGUUCCAAACUUUAUUGCGAAUGAAGCCCUGAUGAGACAUUUAACGGCGUGGGUUCGUAUCCCUAAUUUAUUUGUCGAAUAUUUUGAUAAGCAAAUUCUGUUUAAAAUUGGAGAAAAGAUCGGGAAGGUUAUUAAAAUUGAUAGGAAUACUGAAUCCAUGGAUCGAGGGCAAUAUGUGCGAUUCUGCAUUGAAGUGGAUUUGGCGAAGCCCCUUCUCCCCAAAUUCAAGCUCAAUCGAAGAAUAUGGAGAAUCCAAUAUGAAGGGCUGAGAAUGAUUUGUUUUAAACGUGGUCACUUGGGGCACAAGGAAGAUAGUUGUGGGAAAGCUCCAGAACUGAGAGAUGCGGGAACUAUUGCCCAUGGUGUGAAGUCUGAUCACAUCCAGGCUCCUAAUGUCGCUCAGUGUCAAGGUCCUGAGGUCCAUAACAAAUAUGGAGAAUGGAUGAUGGUAGCUAAGCCAAACCGGAGAUCCUCAAACAAAAAUACUGUUGAAAAUAAAGGCAAAGAAGCCACUCCUAUGAGGGGAAUUGGGGGAGCAGGACGAAGUUUGAAUUUCCCUAAACAGAAAAAUUCAUCUUCAGCUACUGUUCAAAAUAGUGAAGGCCCUGUGGGAUAG